UAAGUGAAGUAUUAUAACCUAAGAAACUCGGAUCGAAUCGCCUCAAAAACCCUAGAUUACUUAGUUAGAGGCAGAGCGGCUUCAAAAUGGUUCAGCGGCUCACUUACCGCACUCGUCAUAGCUAUGCCACCAAAUCCAACCAGCAUCGCGUUGUCAAAACGCCCGGAGGAAAGCUUGUUUAUCAGACCACAAAGAAAAGAGCUAGUGGACCCAAAUGCCCUGUCACUGGCAAGAGAAUUCAAGGAAUUCCUCACUUGAGGCCUGCGGAGUAUAAGAGGUCUAGAUUGCCAAGAAACAGGAGGACUGUGAACCGUGCCUACGGUGGAGUUUUGUCUGGCAGUGCUGUUAGGGAAAGGAUCAUUCGUGCCUUUCUGGUGGAAGAGCAAAAGAUCGUGAAGAAGGUUCUGAAGAUUCAGAAGGCAAAGGAAAAGGUGUCAUCCAAGAGCUAGAAACUUGAUAUAUACUAUCUCUGUAUCGUAGUUUGAGGUGUGGAUUUAUGUUUUUACCUUGGCUGUAUGAACCUGCAUUUCUACUUAUCUUUGUCGACAAAUCUACUUUUGUUAAAAUUUUGUUUUUUGUUCAUUUACUUGUCUGCUCUUUCUUGAAAUUUCCUUUGGGAAUUGGAUGCUUGAUGUAUUUGCAGAUGAGUUGCAUUUGCUAUCAUUAUUAAAACUAGUUAUGUGAUUGCCUCAA